AUGGCAAACCUUCAGGUCAAGUUGGAACAAAUGGAUCAGUUUGAUCCCUGUCUGCAAGGUAGGUUGCAGGAAGUGGGUGUGGCCAUGUCAGCUGGUGCGAUGCCCUUAAUUGGGCAAGAUGCCGAGAUGUCAUUGUCGACAGAUGCUACAGCUGGGGAAACUCAGCCAGAUGCAGCAGUGGCAGCAGAGCAUUCCAGGCUUGAGGCUGAGUGCGCGCAGAUGAUGGAGAGGGUCCGUGCAGCCCAGCAAAAGAUGUUGCUUUUGAAAUCUCCAUCAGCGCGCGUUGAAGCACCGACACCAGCUCCCCCAGCUGCAGCGCCAGGUCCCUCAGAUCCCGCAGCUCCAGCAUCAGGGGUCACCCCCACAGAUCCCGCAGCUCCAGCACCAGGGGUCACCUCUCCCUCAGAUCCCGCAGCUCUUGCACCAGGGGUCACCUCCGCAGAUCCCGCAGCUCCAGCACCAGGGGUCACCUCUCCCUCAGAUCCCGCAGCUCUUGCACCAGGGGUCACCUCCGCAGAUCCCACAGCUCCUGCACCAGGGGUCACCUCUCCGGGGCCCUCAGAUCCCGCAGCUCUUGCGCCAGGGGUCACCUCUCCCUCAGAUCCCGCAGCUCCUGCACCAGGGGUCACCUCAGCGGCAGCCGGCAUGACUGCACCCGUUCAGGCAGCAGCGACCCCCUCAGAUCCAGCAGCAGUGGCAGAGGCACAGACUGCUCAGGUGCCACAAAUCAAGAUGACUCUUCCAG